GGUCUCCUCGGCGGCGGCCCCACGGCCUGUGGCCCAGGGGCCGUGGGAGGGGAAAUCGAGGCCUAAAGAGGGAGAGGAGCGGCCGGGGAGAAAGGAGAGGAAGGUCCUUCGCACCCUCUUCUCCCUCCUGCCGCAGCGGAGCCCCGGGAGGGCGGGCGGGGAGAGGGCAGGGCCUAUGGAGGAAGGCGGCCAGGCCUCCGACGGGGGCGACUCCGAUGAGACCGUAGUGUCAGGGUCGCUGUUAAAUAGCGAUCUGGAUGAAGAUGAGCUCAGCCUCAACAGGUUAACUGUUGCCAAAGCCUCGGAUUUUACAUUUCAGUUCACUUUUAGACCAGCGAUCGCAGGAAUAUAUGGAGAAGCACCCUCUCCAGAGGCUCAGUAUGUGGACAAAGAAGACCCGCAAGAACAGAUGACUAGUGACCUGAUGAAAACACACUCUCUAAGGAGGAUUGAAACUGAACAGCCUCAGCCUUUAUUACUGAAUGGAAAGAACGAUAUGACACAGAUGGUGACCUUUCCUCCUGCUGACUUUCCACCUAACUCAGUAGUGCAUGUUGAGGAGAGCUCCUCAAUGGGCCUAAAUGUUGGAAUUCCUGGAUUUUACCAGAGAGCAGAAAUGAAGGAGACCAAUUGGCUUCACUGGAUUCCUGGAACUCCUGAUCGGCAUUCACCGUAUUACAAUGAAGAAAACAUAAUUUCAGGGAGCACUACUCCAAUAUGCUACAGAAGAGAAGAGCAGGAGACAUCAUUAAGAAGAACGUUGCCUUCGAAACCAGAUCCUCUGAGACCCAUCAUGCUGACCUGGUCUGCAAGAGAUUUCCAGGAAGUAGAUCGCUCUCAUAAGCCAAUGUUGAGUAUGGGAGGGUCACCUGAAUUGGGUAUGGAAAAAACACCUUUCAAACCAAGAAUAUUAGCACAGGAACCCCCAAACCAGUGGAGGCUGCUCAGUGAGACAGAGAGUCCACAACUAACGUCCCCUUCAAAUCAUUCGUUGGACUGUGUGGAAGAGACUCUAUUUUCCGGCACCUCUGAAAGUGAGAAGAAUGAUGACUUGUCAGCUGAGCUGCAGAUAGUCCUCAAGACUUUGUCAGAUUCUGGGUCGGAGCCCACCUCUCAAGGAGCAGAGAAAGGUAGCGGGCUCAACUCUAAGAGUGAACCCAGUUGUACUCAAACAGAUUAUCGUGGCACUGAAAUACCAAACAAUAAUUUGGAGCCUGAAUGUUCUGUUCAGUCAUUUGAAGCCGUUCAGCAGUUAGCCGAGGCUGAAGCCAAGGACACAUCAGAUAAGCAAGUUGUUCUAGAUUCAAAAACCUUGGAUCAUCAAAAUGUCAUCUCCUGUGGUGAGCCAAGUAAUGAAAAGAAUUCAGAUCGAAACGAAAUUAGCCCUGGCAUUGUGACUGCCACAGAUUCGGCAUGUACGAUAAGGCGAUCCUCCAGAUUGAAAACACUAGCAACAAGAAAUGCUGCAAAGUCGAUGGAUGGAGUGAAUAACAGGCGAGUGGAGGAUCCUCAAAAACCACUCCCCUACGGGAUACGUCGGAGGCCCACUGAGUCCUUGAGAACACAUGAUCCUGUUGUUCGGAAUGAAAGAGUAAGGGAAUACUCGCCGUCAAGCCAGCAAUCAUCUUCUACCAGAAAUAGUGGUGAAGAGAUAAGGAGAAGCAAAAGAAUUGCAAAUAAAAUGGCAAAAGAACCUCCCAAGAAAGUAAUGAAACUUUCAAAUAUCAACCGGAGAGAUAUUUAUGGAGACUCGCUCCUGCAUAAAGCUGCUGAGAGAGGUGACUCAGAUCUUGUCCGGGAGUGUCUAAAACUAGGUGCGAAUGUAAACCGACCAAACUACGCUGGCUGGACCGCACUUCACGAAGCCAGUGUGGAAGGUUAUUACCAGACAGUACAUGAGCUAUUGAAAAGAGGAGCUGACGUGAACUGCAAAGGGAUGGACGGCACCACUCCAAUACAAGACGCUGUACAAAUGGGGCACUAUGAGGUGGCAGAGUUACUUCUUCAGUAUGGAGCCGAUCCCCUAUUGCAAGAUGACAAUGGAGAAUGUGCCGUGGAUCUAACCGAAGACCCAAAUUUCAAGAGGCUCCUUGAAAAUUAUGUCGUUAAAUCCAGAAGACGUCAGAGAGCAGUUCAAGGGAAUACGUCACUUGACGUGGAUACUUCGUCCCAGCACAAGAAAUUAGAGCCCAUUCAGAAAGGCCCCAUUAAGGGGGACAGUUCCAGGACGACAAGGCAGAGGAAUGCGAAUGUUAAUCGAAGAAUCCAUAUGGUUUUGAGGCCUCAGAAAUCAUCAGAACCCAGAAGAUCAAGAAGACUGGCCCAAAUUAAGAUUAAGCAAUCAACAAAUGACAAAAGAAAUACUGGGUCAAGGCAAACACGAACCCAAGAGGUCAGAGACCACAAAGCCGAUAAGACUGCACAUGGAAAAACAACAAGAUCAACUUCCAGAAGGGAUAAGCCUGUGAGAGAAAGCAGCAUCACCAGCAUGAAGGAAGUUAUAUCUUCUUCAAGAAGAAUAACUAGAUCUGCAACCCAAAAGGAGCAUAGUCACCGAAAUGGCUGUGAUAUUUCGGGACUCACUGACCAGUCAGCAAAGGCUACCAAAAGUGACAUCGGAAAUGAGACUGAAGCUAAUUUGGUUUCAGGGAGGAAGAAAAAGACUUGUGGGAAUUCCUCAGUCCAGGAAAUGCAUUUCAAGAGCAGAGAUCCGUCAGACCGUCGAGGACAAGUAGAUUUUCUCGAUUCAGAAUCUGCAGCAUCAGAGAAAGUUCUUCCUCAACCAGGUGAUGACAGAGUAUCUGGUAAUAUAGUUGGAGAGCGAAACAGUGAAGGUUGCAGUAGAGGAAGAAACAGAGAAAACCAUUCAGGGACAUAUAUGUACACACGUUUGCAAACCCAAGAAAAAGGAGUGAGAAUGGGGCAAGACCUCCAGGAGACUUUCCUCAGUCAAGAUCUGUGUUCCUCCGGCAAUGUGGAUGAGGAUUCAAUUAAUUGGGCACCAUAUAACCCAACGGGGCAGGAAGUUUCAGGGCCUUCCGAAUUGGGCAAAGAGAAAAGCGUGGGCUUGCCUACUCAGUCUGCUCAGGAAACAACCACUCAAGGAAACAAGAGAAAUGCUCAAGAAGAGAACCGUCUACAUUCGGCUGCUGAGAAAGGAGAUUUGACAUUAGCGAAAGCUCUAAUAAAGUCUGGAGCCCGUGUAAAUCAACAGGAUCAUGCAGGUCGGACAGUACUGCAUGAAGCCUCUAAGAGGGGAUUUACCGAGAUCAUCAUAGAACUGUUGAAAGCUGGGGCAAACGUUAACAGUAAAGACCUGGAUGGGAUCUCACCCCUACAUGAUGCUGUUUUGGGCAAUCAUUUAAAGGCCGCUGAGAUUCUGCUGCGGUACAGAGCAGAUCCGAAGCAAAAGGAUGACAAUGAGAGAAGUGCUUUGGAUGAAGCCACUGAUGAGAAGAUGAAGAUGUUGUUGAAGUCUUUUGGUCCUCAUGAGACUAGAAAAUCUAGUAAUGUAGGCUCCACUGAUCCAGAAGGGGAGGAAACAUCUAAUAGGUCAAGAAAAUCACAACAGUGCUAUUGUCAUGGCUCUACAGAUGUUGAUCGACCUUCAUUUUCACACCAAGACCAAAUGAGAAAUACAUCUCCAACACAUGAAAGCAUCAGUGCCAUUUUACAAGACAUUGCAGAGAAACAAGAAAACCUACUACAGUUUGAAAUAAGAACUCAUGAAGACUCAGAACAGUACAGUCAAAAGAUGCUUCAGAUCAAAGGGUUUCUGGAUGAUGUACUUGCCAAGCAGAAGGAAGAAAGGGAUGACCUUGCUAAAAGAUACAGGGCUUCCAAGGAUUCUUUUAAGGCCGGAGCUUUGAAGGAGCAACUAACUAACCUGGCCUCUCGACAGAAGAGACUUUUGGUUGUGGCUCACAAGCAACGAGAAGUAAGCCAUAAAAUCCAGAACUUCAAGGCUAUGAAACAAGCUUCUCUGAGGCAACAAGCCACCAACUCAGGCAGCCUUGGAGAUGACGACAAGCAAAAACCUGCGGCCGCUGAGAGAACAAAGCACCCUUUGGCCGCUUUGCUUCUCCUGAGCCCUGCCACCAGCUGCUCUCUUGGAAGCGGCUCUGAGACACAUCUGUUUUCAGAAAGUAGGUUUUUGGAUCAGGCGGACAGCCAAAGUCCAAACAGCUGGGUGAGGGAGGAGGAAACAGAAGAAGCACUUGGACAGGAAGAAUGUUCUUUAAAUGAUAAGACAGCUAAAAGGAAGGCUGGGGGAGACUCCUCAGAACAGACCUCAACAUCCCAUUACCCGGAUGUCACCGAAAAAGGAGCAGUUGCUUUAGAACCUGUAGUUUUUAUUAGUCAAACAAAAUAUUCAAAGCAAAAAGAAAAUCAUCUUUCUGAAAUUGCACCCAAAGAAAGUGAAUCCCCAGAUCCCUCUGCAAAACCCAGAACAUUGAAUAUUUCCGAGGCAACAAGCGAAAUUGUCAAAAAGAAUUCUUGUCAGCCAACCACUGCCCAUAGCCAGGCUCCUGCCUGUUGGAAUCCACCAGGAAGCACCAGUAUGAAAGCAGCUUCCCAGGAGCCACCUACAGAAAGGUCCGAAAGAUCAUCAAGAUCUUUGCCCAUGCAUCAGAGAGGCCCUGUUGGAGGCAGGGAAGCUUUGCUUAAGACAAAACCGGAUCAUCCCAAGUCGACCCAGGUCGAUGGACUUGCAAAUGAUAGCCAAAAGUCUUUCACCCCGCUGUCAUCCAGCCAACCCAGGAAACAGGAAUCCUCGAACCACAGAACAGAGCGAGAAAGGCGAAACGUGAGGAUCCGAGAUCUGAUGUUACAAGGAAAGAUUACUCCAGGAGAAGAUGUUCUGGAAUUCAAGAUGCAGAACCUCAGUUACAAAGCCAGUAUUUUGCCCAAUGGAAAGGUGAAGGAUGAGAGCGGAAAUAUUUAUAUCAGCCCCAUUGCCUGGAUUAAACAACUCCUAGGAAGUAAUAUAUCUGUGACCUGGAAGUACGUAUGGAAUAAGGUAACCUAUCUUGGGAAAGAGCUUUCCAAGUACAUUUCUGAAGAAGUACAGAAAUCUGUGGAACCGAAAUUGCCUCCGCCAAGCCAGCCCUGCCCAUCAGUUUAUACAGGAUCAUCCAGCCAGUCGACUUCAAAGCCAGAUAUCACCCAUAUUCUGCAACUGAAGGAAAUAUUAUUAAUAAGUAACCAAGAACUUUUGCCUAGCCAAAUGAUGGAUCAGCAGUGGCAAUUCUAUGUGGAAUGUGAGGAACUCACCUUCUAAGAAGACCCUGAAUGUAACAAGUUUUUUUUUCUUCUUAAUUAUUUCUAAACUGAAAGUAUUGCUAUCCAAAACUCAGACUUUACUUUCUUCACUCUAGUAAAUCCUCUUCUUAGGUGGAUUUACUAGAUUAAGUCCUCUGUUAGCAAAUGAUCUGGAAUCUUUAUGAACUCAGGUUAAUAUAAGGAAAUGGAAGAUCUCCAUCCAUCAUGCCAAAUGGAUACCAAGAACUGUACUUUACCUGUCAAGUUGCUUAUGAGGAUAUUAAAUAAUUUUUCAUGUGGUGUCCACUAGUGAUAAUAAAUGCUAACAGAGACUUCUCCCAAAUAACCGUUGGUUCAGCCAGCCUAAUUUGUGAUUUCUGGAAUAGAUGAAAGAAAUUGUUAAACAAAUUUGACACAUGUUAGUGCACAGUCAUUUAAAAAAAAUUCUCCUGGUGUGAAAGCCUAUGAAGUCAUCGUAAAACUAACAUUUUUAAAUGACUUCUUCCAGGCAUUAAUUUUCAAUUAUCUUAAAGAUACCCAAGGAUUUGGAGGUGGGGAAUAAAUUUCAUCUAAAAGCAGCCUAUUUUUGCUUAAAUGAUUUAGGGUAAUCCCUGAAGAUAAUGGUACUACUUGCUAGAUGGUCCUUGUUCAGACUUCCUUAAUAAUUUUUAGUCAAGUUUUAAAACUGAUGUUCACAGCUCUGGGGAAUUAGACAGGGGAAGGGAUCACAGGAUAAGCUGUGUGAGUUGGGGGUCUAAAAGGAUACUGGCUUAGUCUUGGAAGUCACUGACCAGGCUUUUGGCAACAUCCAAAAUUCAAAUCACAGCUGUUCUAAGAACUAUUUUAAUAAGAGCCCAUUUGGUAUAGUAAGCAUUUAAUAGGAUAAUCCCUGGGGGAAAGGGAGAUAAGCAAUGAAAAUGCUUAUAUUCCAGAUUUCUUAAAUGUUCAUAAUAUACCCAGUAAUGCUGUUUUUGUGCUCCUUAAAUUAAAAAUCAGUUCAAAAAAAA